AUGCAGGGCAUCCUGGAGAAGCCAACAGUAGUGGACCCCGGUUUCUUCUCCAAAAUGUUUUUAAUAAAGAAGGCGGAUGGGGGAUUGAGACCCAUCUUCGACCUCAAGGCUUUGAACAGUCUCAAACUGGGUGGCAGAGAUCCUCAGGAAUCGAGGCAUUCGUCUUUUGGUCUAUUUGGACGACUUCCUCCUAGCUUGUCAGGACAGAUCCAAGUUAAUGGCACAAGUUGCGGAAACGUUGGCCGUCUUGGAGUCUUUGGGUUGGCACGUGAAUUACCAGAAGUCGGUGACGGAAUCAACACACAGGUUGGAAUACUUGGGCCUGGUCUGGGAUACUCAGUACCUAACAAUCGCCUUGCCCAUCAGAAAAGUAGAAGGAAUAAAAGCCUCCCUGACAAAGCUAUUAAAGCGGGACAACUGCUCGUUAAGAGAGUUGCAAAGCGUGUUGGGAAAACUAAACUUCGCCAAUUAUGCGAUUCCCCAGGGCCGUCUUCACUGUCGAAAGGCCCAACUCUUCCUGAGAAAGUUCUCCCGGAGAAACCAGAAGAGAAAAUUGAGUUCCGGAGUGCGAGAGGACUUCCGGUGGUGGUUGGAAGCAGUAGAGGGCUGUCCAAACCCGUUACUCAAGAAAGAGGUAACGCAUUUCUUGACCACAGACGCAGCGGAUGCGGGCUGGGGAGCAAGUCUAAACAGCAAGUAUCUCUCAGGCAAAUGGGCCACGAACCAAAAAGCCUGGCACUCGAACCUAAAAGAGAUGUAUGCCGUUUAUGCGGUAAUAAGGUCACAGGGGUCAUUGUUACAGAAUGCCCACAUUUUGGUUCAGACCGACAAUCGGACUCUAGUAGCGUACAUAAGGAAUCAGGGCGGGACUCGGUCCUUGAAGCUGUUAGGCCUAACAACCCAGUUGUUAGAGUUGACUUGUCGGCUGAACAUAACGAUGACAGCGUACCACCUGCCAGGAAACCUAAACGGCAUUGCAGAUUGCCUGUCAAGGGGAAAGUCAGUACCCGAGUGGCACCUGCUGCCACCAGCCACGGAGGCAGUGUUCAGACAAUGGGGGGUUCCAGAAAUAGAUCUCUUUGCUACAAGAGACACGGCAGUCGUUUCAAGGUAUGUCAGUCUAGACUCAAGGGAUGGCUCCGCAGAGUUCUGCGACGCCUUCAGCCAAACUUGGGACUUUCAGACAGCUUGGGUAUUUCCACCUCCAAGCAUGAUGCCCAGGGUUCUGGCACAUCUGAACAAGGCAAGAGGGACAUACAUUGUGAUAGCGCCACAGUGGACCCAGUGCUUUUGGUUUCCCGACCUGAAGACACGCGCGCGAGUACCCCCACUUCCCAUAGAGAACCUGAGGGAGGUGCUGCUGGACAGGACGACGCGGGACUACCUCCACCGUCAGUGGACAAGCUAGUACUUCAGGCUUGGAAAAUUGGGGGUGGGGAGAUCAAGUAA